UUAGAGUCUACGUGGUUUCCUUCCUCUUAUCUGUCCUCAGCACCCACUGGAUGUGAUCUGGGUGCGACCAACCAUAGCUCUGCAGAGGUUACUGCGCUUGUGCCCCUUACGGAUCCGUCCACAACUCAGGAGGGUCUGUGGAACUCACGCAGCUCUUGGCCUGAGCCCCUGUUACCGAGAGAAAGGAGGCUUUUGCCAAGGACUCCAAGGGGAGUGGACUCAACUCUGGUCUGGACCCAAGGCACCCAGCCCUCCCUGAGACAUUGUGUGAGCCGGGCUGGGCCUGCAGACACAGCCCCUACCGCCCCACCCCAGCCAGGGUGGUGCUUGUGUGGGAAGGACUUUAAAUCCAGCUGCCAGACCCCUGGACCGGAGAAGCAGCGAGAGCUGGCCACCAUGUGCAGCUCCUGCAGUUGCCUGGAGCUUCUGCUGCUGCCGCUGCUACUGCUGGUGGCCACCGCGGGCCCCGCGGGCGCCCUCACGGAUGGCGAGAAACGUGUGAUGGUAGAGCUGCACAACCUCUACCGUUCCCAGGUGUCCCCGCCGGCCUCAGACAUGCUGCAACUGAGAUGGGACGAGGAGCUGGCCGCCUUCGCCAAGGCCUACGCGCAGCAGUGCAUAUGGGGCCACAACAAGGAGCGCGGGCGGCGCGGCGAGAACCUGUUCGCCAUCACGGACGAGGGCAUGGACGUGCCGCUGGCCAUGGAGGAGUGGCACCAGGAGCGCGAGCACUACAACCUCAGCGCCGCCGCCUGCAACCCGGGCCAGAUGUGCGGCCACUACACGCAGGUGGUUUGGGCCAAGACAGAAAGGAUUGGCUGUGGUUCCCACUUCUGUGAGAAGCUCCAGGGUGUGGAGGAGACCAACAUUCAAUUACUGGUGUGCAACUAUGAGCCCCCGGGGAACGUGAAGGGGAAAAGGCCCUACCAGGAGGGCCCUCCGUGCUCCCAGUGUCCUCCGGACCACAGCUGUGAGAACUCCCUCUGUGAACCCGUCGGAAGCUCAGAAGAUGCUCCAGAUUUGCCCAGCCUGGUAACUGAGGCACCAUCCUCCCUGGCAACUGAAGCCUCAGACUCCAGGGAAAUGGGUAUUCCUUCUCCCGUGGCCACAGAGGUUCCUUCCUUCUUGGUAUCAGAGGUCUCAGGCUCCCUGGCAACAAAGGCUCUGCCGGCUGUAGAAACCGAGGCCCCAACUUCCUUAGAAACAAAAGACCCCUCCUCAAUGGCAACGGAGGCCCCACCUUCUGUAAAAACAGAGGCCCCUUCCGUUUCGGCAACUCACAGCCUGCCCUCAUUGGAUGAGAAGCCCGCUACCUUUCCCAAAUCCACCCACGUUCCUAUCCCCAAAUCAGCAGACAGUGUGGUCAGCAAAACCAGAGCACCCUCCGUGAGCCCAGAGAAAUCUCUGCACCCCAAGAUGUCCCCAACAGGGACAGGGGAGCCCCUACCCCAUGCUCAGGAAGAGGCUGAGGCCGAGGCCGAGUUGCCUUCUUCUAGUGAGGUCUCGGCCUCAGUUUUUCCAGCCCAGGACAAGCGAGGUGAGCUGCAGGCCACACUGAACCACGUGGGGCACACCUCCUCCAAGUCCCUGCCCAAUUUCCCCAAUACCUCUGCCACCGCUAAUGCCAUGGGUGGGCGUACCCUGGCCCUGCAGUCAUCCUUGCCAGGUGCUGAGGGCCCUGAGCAGCCUGGCAUCAAGUCGGGGCUGAGCUCUGGCCCUAGUCGUGUGUGGCGCCCCCUCCUGGGACUACUGCUAUUGCCUCCCCUGGCGCUGGCUGGAGUCUUCUGAAGGGGACACACUCAAAGGAGGUUUCCACAGGGCCGAGCCCUGGCACUGCCCCAAGAGUGCCUCUGCCUCUGGGGAGGCCCACCCUCAGCUGGCUGCAGACUGUCCUCGGUGGGGUUCCCGUGGCCGUGCGCCUGCUCUCCCGGAAACAGAGGAUCUCGGGCUUCCCAGGAACCCCUUGGCCCUUCCCAGUGCUGGCCUCUUCCUUGAGCCAUCUGAGUCCAGGGCUGUCCCCAGAAGCGUCUCUUGCCUUCCCACAGUGAAGAGAUCAGCUGUCCCCCUGCCAUCUUCCCCACCCUGUCCCCAGCCCCUCAGACAAGAUGCUGGUUGGCUAAGGCCCUCUGGAAGGGAAAGGCUGCAGGGCAUGUGCCUCCCCCGCAGCAUCCUGGAGGCACAGGCCUGGCCGGCUUCGGGCCGGAUGACUGCACACGGGGCCCAGCCCUCCUGCCCUGCCCACCUGAGUCCUGCGGGUGAGGCAGUGGGGUUCUGGGGCGCUCCUGCCUGCCUGGCCUGGGGCUGUCCCUGAGUGUCUGUGUAUCUAGGGAGGGGGGUUACCCGGGGUAGAUGAAGGACAAGCCCCACCCAAGUGGGGCUGUGUGGGUGGGGGGUCAGGGAGGAGGGAAGGGAUCCUGAAUAAAAGCCUGUCUGGGAGUA